AAGGAAAGACAAAAAAUACUUUUGCCCUAAUCUUCGUCUUUUUGUUUUUGAUUCUCUUUUAGACAAUCCCUCGUACCGUUACGCUCUCUCUGUUUUUCUCUUCCUCAUCCACCUUCGCAGCCAGCAGUUGAGAGGGAUAUCCACACCAGAUAGAAGAAAACCAGAGAUGAGUAUUGGUGGUGAAAAAGGUUCUGCAUCAACAAAGACACCAGCAGACUUUCUCAAAUCAAUUCGGGGCCAUCCUGUAGUCGUGAAACUCAAUUCUGGUGUUGACUAUCGAGGUAUUCUAGCUUGUCUUGAUGGGUACAUGAAUAUAGCAAUGGAGCAAACUGAAGAAUAUGUUAAUGGACAGUUGAAGAACAAAUAUGGUGAUGCUUUUAUCCGUGGAAAUAAUGUUCUAUAUAUCAGUACUUCAAAGAGGACGUUAGCCGAAGGAUCGUCAUAGCUUUUAGCUAAGGAUCCGCCCAGGAAAGGCACAUCCUUUGGAGUUAUGUUUCUUCCUACAGUUCUAUGCUGUAAGAUUGAGAGAUCAAUCGGAAUUGGAAAUUGAUCGUUCAAGUUUGCGUUGUACAAAAAAGCUUUGUUUAGUUGGAAAUGGAAUUUACAUUAUGAUGAACCUUUUGGAUUUUUCUUUUAUUGUAAUUACUGAUCUGACUGCUUUCACCUCUU